AUGAGAUUAACUAUUCUAAGUUUAUUUUAUUAUAUAUAUCUUGCAUUUGGUGAUUUUUGUGGAGAAAAUAGAGUCCCAUCUGCUGUUGAUGUUGAUUAUAGUGGACAAAUAUCAUUAUUCUGUUCUCGUCCAUCAUGUUUUAAAAAACAUUAUAGUAAUUGUGAAGAACGUGCAUUUAGUUCAUCAUGUCCAUCAAAUACAACAUGGGUUGGUGGAAUUACAAAGUAUCACCCACGUAGAAGAAAUGGCUUUAAGUUAAAUUGUUGUGAAUAUGAACAAUUACCAAUUGUUGCUGAUUUAGUUACAGAAGAGCUUAUUAUUAAGCCUGGUGAAUAUUUUGAAGGAGAAGAAAAAGUAGAUGAUUUAGGAAGAUAUUUGUUAUCAUUUGAGCUAAUAUCUGAUAUCUCAAAACAUUUUCAUGUAAAUGAAACAAUUUUUUAUAAACUUAAAGUUCUUAGAUUCUAUUGUGAUAGAAUGGUAGAAGAUAAAAAACCAAAGAAUAAAUGGCCAUAUUUUGAAGAUUUGGAUAAUGAAGAUAAGUCUGAAUAA